AUGGCCUCUGGAGCAGCUUUGCUAAGGCUUCUGAGCUUUUGGAUCUCAGGGCUUGGGAUGAACCUGUGGCCUUCGAGAGUGAGCUUGGUGGACAACGACUUCUACGAGCUCAAGCUCCAGGACAACACGGACCCUGCAGAUCUGCUUAGUAUGUACAGCAAUAUUUCCAGUGACGAGCCAAGUGUGCAAAGUAUGCGCGCGGGAGAGCAGAAUGGACUCUUUGCAGUUUCUGGCGCGCUUCGCCUGGCUCAUGGUGCACUCAAAGUCUUUACCUGGCUGACCGAUGCGAAGGAGAGCGAGAAGGUGUUCUCCGAGCACGUGCAGUCUUGCAACUCGCGCAGGCUUCUGGCCGAGAGAGGCAACCAGAAAUUGGUCGAGGUCAGCAAAACCGGAAUCAACUGUCACCGUUCUCGAGGAUUGGCGAGACUACAAGGCAACGUUUCGGCAAAAGAAGCGUGGCGCGAUGAAGCACUUCGCUGGCUUCUGGCAAGUCGUCCCGGUGAGCACAGAAGAGUCCGUAGUUUUACUGUACACGGAGGCUGUUCCGGGCUUCCCGGUGCCCUCCUUGCUGAGGCGCUUUGCCCGUGUGGUUGUGGAGGAUAUGGCAUGGUCUGUGCUGAAGGACCUACGCGAUGCUGCUGCCAAUCCUCGCGCUUCUGCUUCUUAGUGUCUUAG